CUGCAAUACAAACGUCAGAAUAAAGAAUAACGAAACCAAAACAAAGCAAAACUAUUUUCGUGUAUAAGAACAUAAUAUUUCGAAGUAAUAAUGAAAUUAUUUUUCCAUCUGAUAAGUAUUAUCUUGGUAUUAAACUCCUGCUAUGGAUAUCGAUUCAGCGCCUUGGAAUUCUACGCGCAUAUCCUGAAUGGUGACUUCCUGGACUACAAGCCCUUCGGCAAUUCGAAAAGCGAAGACAACCACCAUGUGGCCGUGUCGGUGGGACAAAGCCCUAAUUCUUUUCUCGAUUUCAUUACCUAUAAGGACAAAAAACAAUGUUCCAUUUAUGAGGAGCAAGCCGUAGAAGUGGACGACGCAAGAGUCUCGGAUGGGAAGAGAAAUCUACUAAAAGUCAAAUGCAUUCCGGCAAAGGGCAAUGGAACUUUGCAUAUAAUUACUUCGCUGAAGGAAGCUAUCAGUGUUUUGGCACCACACGGAAACUCCACGAAGCGUUCGCAUGCGGGAAGUUGUGUUGUGAUGCUAUUCUAUACCACCACUUGCAUCCACAGUGCCAUGAUGGCUCCGCACUACAAUGCACUGGCGAGAUAUUUUCCAGAUCUGAAAGUGGCCGCCAUCGAUGCGCUCAAUUUUAACUCAUUGAACACCGAAUUCGGAAUAGUGGGUCUGCCGACUAUACUAUUUUUCCAUCAAGGUCGACCCUUGGUUAAGUUCAAUGAUACCGCUUUUACGCUCGAUACGUUGGUGAAAUUUGUUACGAAACACAGCGGCGUGGAACCGCGGCUGGAUGACGUAAGGGAACCGCACUACAUCUCGGACGAUUUCAAGGGACCACUGUCGAACAAGGUGGAGAAGAAAAUCGACUACUGGCUGUAUGUGGCGUGGAUCUUUAUUAUCGUCUGCAGUUGCUAUUAUUUCUCCAAAUCGGUGCUGUAUGUGCAAAUGAUCGAGAUGGUGAAACGUAACUGGAGGGAAUCAGAAGCACAUCAUCGGAGCUAAAGGGAUGACAUAGUUUUCCUGUUAGCAUAAUUCUAGUGAAUGUGUUUUCUGUGUGCUACAUGAUGUAAUUUAUUUUAUUGUUGAGCGUUAGUUUUGAAAAAUAUAGCAUUAAUGAGAA